AUGGGACGUGAUAAAAGUCUUACCAAUCCCAAAAGUAAGAAAGACAAGAUGGCAGAAGCGAAAGCUUCAAAAGCUCAACAAGCCAAUUCAUCUACAAAUACUAAAGGUCAGAAAGGCAACAAGCGUAAUACAAAAAUCACCGAAGAUGGUAGUCCUAGUGGUGGAAGAAGUGGAACUACCAGUGGUACCGGAACUGCAAGUGGAAGUGGAACCGAUUCAAAAGAGUAG